AUGUUGCGAUCCAAUGACCUGGAUUCAAUGACGGUCUAUCGUGGACAGAGCAUGACAGCUGGUGAACUACAAAACCUAACGGUAAGCGAGAAAAAAAAUGCGUUUAGCAUUGGCUGGUCACUGUUUUCUUGUAGAGUUGUAUCAAAGAGUUCCGUCAGAAAUAUCUUUCGCCU